AUGUUGCCACUUUGUGAUAAGCAAUAUCAGUGUUUGGAAUGUGGAAAGAACUUCUGUCGGAAAUCCAACCUCACUUCUCAUCAAAUAACUCACAGCACGGAGAAACCAUAUCAGUGCCAAGAAUGUGGAAAGAGUUUCAGUUGGAAGAGAAGUUUCACUUCCCACCAAAAAAUUCAUACAGGGGAAAAACCCUAUCAGUGUUUGGAAUGUGGAAAGAGCUUCAAUCGAAAGGAUGCUUUCACUUUCCAUCAAAGAAUUCAUACAGGGGAGAAACCAUAUCAGUGCAUGGUAUGUGGAAAGAGCUUCAGUCGGAAGCAAAGUCUGACUUUCCAUCAAAGAAUUCAUACAGGGGAGAAACCCUAUACAUGUUUGGAAUGUGGAAAGAGCUUCCGUCAGAAGGAUAGUCUCACUUCCCAUCAAAGAAUUCAUACAGGGGAGAAACCAUAUAAGUGCUUGGAAUGUGGGAAGGGGUUCUAUGGGAAGAAUAUGCUCACUUCUCAUCAAAAAGUUCAUACAGCGGAUAAACACUAUCUUUGCUUGGAAUGUGGGAAGAGUUUCCGUCAGAAGAGUGAGUUGACUUCCCAUCACAGAAUUCAUACAGGUGAGAAGCCAUAUCAGUGCUUGGAGUGUGGAAAGAGCUUCACCCACAAAGCUGGUCUCAUGUACCAUGAAAGAAUUCAUACAGGAGAGAAACCAUAUGAGUGCUUGGAGUGUGGAAAGAGGUUCAGCUGGAAGAGUAUGCUCACUUCCCACCAAAUAGUGCACACAGGGGAGAAUCCCUAUCAGUGCUUGGAAUGUGGAAAGAGCUUCAGUCGGAAGGAUAGUCUCACUCUCCAUCAAAGGAUUCAUACAGGGGACAAACCAUAUCACUGCUUAGAAUGUGGAAAGAGUUUCACCCAGAGGGCCGCUCUCAUGACCCAUAAAAGAAUUCAUACAGGGGAGAAACCAUAUAAGUGCUUGGAAUGUGGAAAGAACUUUGCUCACAAAGCUGGUCUCAUGUCCCAUCAAAGAAUUCAUACAGGGGAGAAACCAUAUGAGUGCUUGGAGUGUGGAAAGAGGUUCAGUUGGAAAAAUAUGCUCACUUCCCACAAGAUAAUUCACACAGGAGAGAACACCUAUCCAUGCUUAGAAUGUGGAAAGAGCUUCAGUCGGAAGCAAAGUCUAACUUUCCAUCAAAGAAUUCAUACAGGGGAGAAACCAUAUCACUGCUUGGAAUGUGGGAAGGGGUUCUAUGGGAAGAAUAUGCUCACUUCUCAUCAAAAAGUUCAUACAGGGGAGAAGCCCUAUCUUUGCCUGGAAUGUGGGAAGAGUUUCCGUCAGAAGAGCGAACUCACUUCCCAUCACAGAAUUCAUACAGGGGAGAAGCCAUAUCGUUGCUUGGAGUGUGGAAAGAGCUUCACUCACAGAGCUGGUCUCAUGUACCAUGAAAGGAUUCAUACAGGAGAGAAACCAUAUGAGUGCUUGGAGUGUGGAAAGAGGUUCACUCACAAAGCUGGUCUCAUGUACCAUGAAAGAAUACAUACAGGAGAGAAACCAUAUGAGUGCUUGGAGUGUGGAAAGAGGUUCAGCUGGAAGAGUAUGCUCACUUCCCACCAAAUAAUACACACAGGUGAGAAUCCCUAUCCUUGUUUGGAAUGUGGAAAGAGCUUCAGUCGGAAAGAUAGUCUGACUUCCCAUCAAAGAAUUCAUACAGGGGAUAAACCAUAUCAGUGCUUGGAAUGUGGAAAGAGCUUCACUCAGAGAGCCGGUCUUAUGUACCAUCAAAGAAUUCAUAUGAGAAGAAACCAUAUUGGUCCUUGGAAUGUGGAAGAGCUUCAAUCAGAGCACCAGUCUCACUUCUCACCAAUUAACUUACCGUGGGGAGAAACCAUGUAAGUUUUGGAAUGUAAAAAGAGCUUUACCCACUCACCAUCAAAGAAUUCAUAUGUUGGAAACCAUAGAAAUGCUUGUAAUGCGUCAGGGAUGACACAGUACAUUCG